UGCAGUUCAGUUACCCAGCAAUAGCAAAGAGACUUCCGUGGACUCUUUCCUUCAAACAGUUGAGGAAAUCGAGGAGUUCCUCAAGGACGUCUCUGAGACAUAUAAGGCAAAAAUGUCAGCUGCACCAGAACCACAGCUCCAUAUACCUCUGGCUGACCAUGGUGAAGACAGCCAACAUGAGUCAACCCAGAGGAUGAUGACUCCUCUGAAGUCUACAAUGGUGACUUUCUUUGAUGAGAGAAGACCCACAACCUCCCAGAUGACAGAUGUUAUUGACAACCCAAAGACAACAUUCACUGCUUGCCAAAAGAUAACUGCAAAUAAGAUAGCGAUCCCCAAUGAAGGUAGUCAAAUGAAGACCCUCAGUGAUGACCAGAUCCUCUAUGGAGGCCAGGUGACAGUUCCUAAAGAGAACCACAUGAUGACCUUCAGUGCUAAGCAGACCUUCACUGAGGGCCAUACAAUGACUUCCAGUGGUAAUCAGACCCUGAAUUGGAACCAGAUGACAACACUGUGUGAAGAACAACAGAUGAAGACCCUGAGUGAUGACCAGACCCUCUAUGGAGACCAUAUGACCUUCACUGGGGGCCAGACCCUCUAUGGGGGCCAGAUGGAGACCUACAGUGGUGACCAGAUGCUCUAUGGAGGCCACAUGACCCUCAGCGGGUACCAGACCCUCUAUGGGGGCCAGAUGAAGUCACUUAGUGAUGACCAGACCCUUUAUGGAGGACAGAUGACCUACAGUGGGGACCAGAUCCUCUAUGACAGCCAGGUGAACACCUUUGGUGAUGACCAGAGCCUCUAUGGAGGUCAGAUGAUGACCCUUAAGGGGCAUCAUAUGACAACUUCCACUGAUGACCACACUGUCUAUGGAGACCAUAUGAUGCCACAUCAGUCAUCAUCAUUGCCAUACCCAGGAUUCCUAUACUUUUCCAGUUCCCAUUUGAUCUAUGGACAAACCCUAGAAAAGCAGAAGUGCAACGUCAAGACCCAGAGAUGUCAAGUCCAGAAGAAUCCUAACGUUUUGAAGACCUACACUUGCACAUACCAGGACUGUGGUAAAUCAUAUACUAAGCCUUCCCACCUCCGGAUCCAUGAGCGCAAACAUACUGGUAAGUGA